AUGGCAUCACACGCAGGAGGAUGCGAUCAAGGGAAUUCCGGAGAUCAGGUUCUUGAAGUUGGAACUAUUUUGUUACAGGAUUUCAUCUAUGAGCGAGUUCAGAGGCAAAGAGAUGGCAAUAGGGCAGUGACGAGAGAACAGCUUGAUGGAAGCCAGCUGACUAACCCAAAACAUAUGAUGCUUGCUCAGUGCCUGCAGCAGAUUGGAGACGAGCUGGAUGGAAAUGUAGAGCUCCAAAGAAUGAUAAAUGACUCUUCACUUUGUCCCACAAGAGAGGUUUUUAUGAGAGUGGCCUCUGAGAUCUUUUCAGAUGGAAUAUUGAACUGGGGCAGGGUGGUUGCACUGUUCUACUUUGUAUGCCGACUCGUUAUCAAAGCUCUUGUAACUCAGAUUCCGAAUAUUAUCAGAACCAUUAUCAGUUGGACCAUAGACUAUCUCCGGGAACAUGUGAUCAACUGGAUCAGGGAGCAAGGUGGCUGGGAGGGUAUUCGCUCCUACUUUGCCACACCAACAUGGCAGAUGGUCGGAGUUUUCUUGGCAGGAGUCCUUACCACUGUUCUUGUCAUUUGCAAGAUAUGA